AUGAAGAGAUUAGUAACAGGGAAAUUUUUACAGGAGAAGAAGUGUUGCAAUCUUUCGCACUCGACAUUGGCAGCCACUACCUGUAGUAGCAGUAGUACAGAGCCUUGUAGGUCUGCCUCCCCGGAACUCUUGGGUACCAGUACUGUCACUGCUGAUGCCGCUACAAGUUCUUCGAGCUUAUAUCCACUGUCAAAACUUAGCGCUGGAGUAAAGGCCGAAUUUGUUAAAGACAACCAUUGGUUGUUAUCACAGAGCAAGGCUGUACAAAAAGAGAAUCCUCCAAGUUCAAAAUCAAAGAAGACAAAGGUAGACUCAUAUGUUGAAGUGACGUUUGACGAGCGGGCUUCAAAUUCAGCUCACUGUGCGACAAAGGGAGUACUUGUCACUGCAGGUGAUCCGGUAUUUGUAAAUCCUAAUUCCUACCAAAGUCUAAUUACGGUGUUUAAGAACAUAGGCAAACAGGUUGGCAUCAAAAAGUAUGUGGAAGGCGGGAAACGUGAGUGGGUGGCAGUCAGCUGCGAUGGACUUCCAUUCACACUAGCACAAAGAGUGAUUAAGGAAACUUAUACUUGCACUUGCUGCAAUGAGGCGGUCUUCUCCCGAGAGGCUUAUAUGCAUCAUCUGGAGAAACACUCCUUAGUAGAGGUUCCCGGGAUUAUGCCUUUGGAGUUCGACUGGCUUCUCCUGCGAAUAGGCCAUGGCCAUGUGGAAAUGAACAUGGUUCGUUCAUUUCUAGAACUUGAUUGGCAUGCUUUUAUGAAGGAUGUGGCCUUUUGCAUGGGGUUCAGGUCAGAUGCCGCACAGAAAUAUGCUAAGAGUGGAGGACCACCACAAGUCAUAGGAACUUCUUCAAAUUGCAUUCCUGGGAUCCCUUGGAGGGUUAAGUUUGCGAACAUAUUUCAUGGCCGGAACCAUCCGAAAUACCAAGUCAUCGAAAUCACAGAGCUCUGCAACUUCCUCGCCGCACCAAUGGAGGUUAAAAAGUUUCUCGGGGAUUUCCAGGCGAUAUCUACGUCAGGCGACCAGACAAGGUGUGAAGAUAUGGAUUUUGUCCUGGAGAAUAUAAAUAAGAAAAGAAAGAGCUGGAUCCCAAAAGGUGUACCCAAAAGGGAGGACUGGAAGCGCAUCUUUCGCAACCUUGGAAAGUUGGAUAAGCUUCGUUCAUCAGUUCUGAAUCGAAUAACAUCAACAGUCGACAUAGUCAUCCCAUGUGUACUCCAGCUCUCAUGAAGUUCAUGAAGAAGAUGUUAAAGCAUGGCUUUCUUCUCCAUCAUGAAAGGGAAGUUCUCUUUCAAUCACUUAGUAAAGCACAGUUAGAUGAGUCCUUACUAACAUUCACUACACAAGCAGCUAGCAGAAGAAGUUACUUCGCUUCUGUCCUCUUUGAAGAUGGUAGGGGAAAUGAGCAAGAUGGAGAACAAAUUUCUGCAAAACCGGAACCU